UCGAGUGUGUGACGUCGCUCCGUCUGUCAGAGUUGGAUUUUCGCGCGAAAAAAAAUAGAAAGGUUUGCAAAGCGGCAGAGAGAGAGAGAGACAGCGAUAUCGACGUUGCAGAGGCUCGUGCAGCUAUAGCCCAUGAGAGGAUAGAAUCUAACAACCUGUUCCAUGAACCCCACUUGUGCUCUCUUUGCCUUGUGGAAGAGGCCAGCUGAGUUGUUAUUCUGACAGCAGGUUCAGUACUACCCUUAUGCAAAUCUGCACAAUGCAAAGCACUAUAAGAUCAUUCUUCCAGCCCCUGGCACAAACAAAGCCUGGAAAAGAAGCAGCAGAGAAGAAGCACCUGGAAGAGGAGCCUGCCCCCAAAAGGAAACCUGUAGAUUCCGAACCACAGGUAAAUGGUACAACACACCAUGCAAAUUCCCCAGUGAAUACUGCAGCCCCAAAAACCACCUCCAUUAUUAAAAGUGAAGAGGAUUCUGGGAAACCAAAACAAAAGGAUACAGAGGCAGAUAAUAACAAGCAGGUUUCUGACUGUGUUCCUGAGCAAAAGAUUCCUGCGCAGAGCACCUCACAAAGCACCAGCCCAGCUACCUCUAAUUCGCCCUCACCCACCUACAUUCCCCGGCGCAGAACAGCACGCAAGCAGCUCCCUAAACGUAAAGCAGAGGAAGAAGUCAGUAACCAUGAUAGCAUCCAGCAGGAACAUUGUACCAAAAGAUGGAAAGGAGAUAAUGAGGAUGGAGAGGGCACAGAAGGGGAGCCAGAUGAGGAGUCCAACAAGACAGAAGAAAUGAAAUAUGAUAAUUCAGAAGUGGUGCAGGUAAAAAUUGAGCAAGAUGCAGAGGAAGAGACAACACCAGCACCCCCUAAGCCAUCCAACAACCCCAUCUCUAAUUUUUUUGGCACAAAAGGGGAGCCAGAUGAGGGGUCCAUCAAGACAGAAGAAAUGAAAGAUGAUAAUUCAGAAGUGGUGCAGGUAAAAAUUGAGCAAGAUGCAGAUGAAGAGACAACACCAGCACCCCCUAAGCUAUCCAGCAAGCCCAUCUCUAAUUUUUUUGCCCCUCGGAAAGCCUCUAUGAAGACAGAGAAAAAAGAAGUGCCGGUGAUAGGAGGAAUCAUGCCUGCACCAAAGAGCCUUAAUGGCCAUGAAUCCAAUAGCAAAGCUGACUGUUCUGCCAAGCCAUCUCUUACACUUGAGCCUACAAAUUACAACCCAAUGAAGGGAAAUUAUCAUCCUAUAAAUGAUGCUUGUUGGGGCCCUGGCCAGAGGGUACCAUACCUGGCAGUAGCUCGUACCUUUGAGAAGAUUGAGGAGGAAUCUGCCCGGUUGAAAAUUAUAGAGACCCUGAGCAAUCUUUUCCGCUCUGUGAUUGCUCUGUCUCCAGAAGACUUGCUGCCCUGUGUCUACCUCUGUCUCAACCGGUUAGGCCCAGCAUAUGAGGGCCUAGAGUUGGGCAUUGGUAAAACCAUCCUCAUGAAAGCUUUGGCUCAGGCCACAGGUCGUAAUUUGGACCAGAUCAAGGCAGAAGCAGCAGAAAAGGGAGACCUAGGUUUGGUUGCUGAGAGUAGCCGCACUACACAGGGUACCAUGUUUGCCCCACCCAAGCUUGAUGCUGCUUCUGUCUUUGGCAAACUUCAGGCCAUUGGGCGCAUGACAGGAAGCUCUUCAAUGAACAAGAAGAUUGACAUUAUCAAGACUUUGUUUGUUGCUUGUCGCUAUUCAGAGGCUCGCUACGUUGCUCGGUCACUAGAAGGAAAACUGAGGAUUGGGUUAGCAGAGCAGUCUGUCCUGUCUGCUCUGGCCCAGGCAGCAUCACUCACUCCUCCAGGACAAAAAUUUCCCCCAGGAGUUUUGGAUGCUUCAAAGGGCAAGUCUGCAGAAGUGCGCAAAAACUGGUUGGACGAGAGAGCAUUGAUUGUUAAACAGGCCUUCUGUGAGCUGCCAAAUUAUGAUACUAUUGUGCCUGUCCUUCUGGAACAUGGUGUGGAGAGUCUGCCUCAUCACUGCAAGAUCACACCAGGGAUUCCACUGAAGCCCAUGCUGGCUCACCCAACAAGGGGAAUUGGGGAGAUACUAAAGCGAUUUGAAGAGGCAGCUUUCACCUGUGAAUACAAAUACGAUGGGGAGCGAGCACAGAUACACAUCCUGGAGAAUGGAGAAGUGCACGUCUAUAGCCGGAACCAAGAGAACAACACAACAAAGUACCCCGACAUUGUCAGCCGUAUCCCCAAGGUAAAAAAGAGCACUGUGCAAUCAUGCAUUUUGGAUGCAGAAGCUGUGGCCUGGGAUCCUGAUUCCAAACAGAUCCAGCCAUUCCAGGUACUCACCACCCGCAAGCGCAAGGAUGUAGAGGCCACAGAGAUCCGAGUGCAGGUUUGUGUGUAUGCAUUCGACAUGCUCUUCCUUAAUGGACAGUCUCUAGUCCGGAAACCCCUAUCUGAGCGCCGGGCUUUGCUUCAUGAUUCCUUCAAUGAAGUUGAAGGCCAGUUCCUGUUUGCAACCUCCAUGGACACUAGUAACACUGAUGAGAUAGCAGAUUUCCUGGAAUGCUCCAUCAAAGAUUCAUGCGAGGGGCUAAUGGUGAAAACACUGGAAGUGGAUGCCACAUACGAAAUUGCAAAGAGAUCUCACAACUGGCUGAAGCUUAAGAAAGAUUAUCUGGAAGGUGUUGGCGACACCUUGGACCUUGUGGUGAUCGGUGCCUAUCUGGGCAAGGGCAAACGUGCAGGCGUAUAUGGUUGUUUCCUCUUGGCUUGCUAUGAUGAUGAUAGCGAGGAGUUCCAGAGCAUCUGCAAGAUCGGCUGUGGAUUCACAGAUUACGACCUAGAAGAAUUCCACACCUCUCUCAAGGACUAUGUGAUUCCACAGCCACGACCCUACUACCGCUGGGGUGGAACAGCUGAGCCUGACCACUGGCUAGAGGCUCAGCAUGUCUGGGAGGUGAGGUGUGCUGACUUAUCCAUUUCUCCAGUCCACAAAGCAGCAGCUGGUUUGGUUGAUGAAGAAAAGGGCAUCUCCCUCCGCUUUCCCAGAUUCGUACGCAUCCGUGAUGAUAAGAAACCAGAGGAAGCCACUGCCAGUACUCAGGUGGCUGAGUUGUACCGGAAGCAGCAGCAGAUUCUGAAUCAGCAAUCAGUGGAAAAAGGAGAUGAUGAUUUCUACUAAUCCUAUUCAUCUGAUUGUGAAAGGGUUUUUGCUGAACCCCUCUUGGAGUCAAGGUAGAAUCUUGGUGCCCUCUUCAGACUUUAUCUAAUGAAUGUACCCCAACUCUGUGGAGCUGUGGUAAAGAUACAAUGAGGCAUGUUCUGAUAAGGCCCUGCUGCUUUCCCUGCGCUCGCCCAAAUGCAGGCAUAUGUUGAGUUGAUGAUGGUCUGUUAAUAAACCCUUGUAUUUUUGGUAA